AUGCAGGAAGCGCGUGAUCUGUUUGAUUCAAUGCCUGAAAGAACUCUGAUAUCUUGGACUAUCCUCAUGUCAGGUUAUGCCAAACAUGGUCCUGGUAAGGAAGCCUUGGCAUUGUUUAAAGACAUGCUGUCUGUUGAUAAAACGGUGCGCCCUGACUCGUAUGUUUACGCGGUUGUGUUGAGAAGUUGUGGAGAAAUGAGGGAGUUGGGGUUUGGCAAAGGGGUUCAUGGCCAAGUUUUAAAAAAAGGAGAGGCUUUUCUUGACGAGUUUUUGGAGAAUUCUUUGGUAAAUAUGUAUUCAAGUUGUGGCCUUUUGGAGGAUGCUGUUUUCAUUUUUGAUGGGAUUGAGAAGCCUGGUUUGGUUGCUUGGAGUUCGAUGUUAAAUGCUUACGUGAAAAAUGGGUUAGAAAAAGAGGGUUUGAAUCUUUUCCUCAAUAUGGUUUUUAAGGGAAUCGAGUUGGAUGCUUUUUUGUUUUCAGUGGUUAUCAAGGCAUGUUUUAAUUUGGAGCAGUUGAACUUGGGAAUUCAACUACAUGGUUUGAUGAUUAAGAAAGGAUUUGGGAAAGGCUGUUGUUUGUUUCUGGACAAUAGUUUAAUGGAUUUUUAUGCAAAAUGUAAGGAUCUGAAAGGAUUAAGACGAGUUUUUGAUCAGCUGUCUGAGAAAGAUUUAGUUUCAUGGAACACAUUAAUCAUGGGUUAUGUACAUAAUUUUCAUUACUUUGAAGCUCUUAGGAUUUUCAGAGUUUUAAUGCAUCAAGUCGGUUAUUGUGAUGAUUUCACAAUUACAAGUAUUCUCAAGGCAAUUUCUAGUUUACAUGGCAUGGACUAUGGCAGGCAGGUUCAUGGAUAUACAGUUAGGAUCGGCUUAGUAUCGAAUAACUAUGUAAUGUGCUCUCUUUUGGAUAUGUAUAUCGAGUGCAUUGAGCACGAGAGCUCUGAACAGUGGGAAAAUGUUCCUUUGAAGGUGUAUGUUGGCUUAGAAAGAGGUGAAUCCAAUGAGAAUAUUAUUAUAGCAAGCAUGCUAAAAUGGUGCUCUCUGUUAUCAAAUCUUGAUGCAGGGAAAGUAUUCCACUCCUUGGCAAAGAAACUCGAUGUUCAUUCCGAUCCAUAUGUUAUAAGUGCUUUGAUUGAUAUGUAUUCCAAGUGUGGGAUGCCACAGGCUGCUUUAAGGGUUUUCAAAAGAGUAGAAGAUCCAGGCACCGUAACGUGGUCAGCUCUGAUCUCUGGACUUUCUUUGAAUGGGUGGUUUGUGGAAGCACUGACAUGUUUCCAGAAAAUGCAGCUUAAUGGUAUUGAAGCAAAUGAGUUCACCUUAACAUCUGUUAUUCUAGCUAGCGUGGCUUUAGGUGAUCUUAGAAAGGGAAGGGAAUUACAUUGCAAGAUACUCAAGGCUUGUUAUGAAUCAAAUCUUUCUGUAGUUAACAUGCUCAUUAAUCUUUACUCGGAAUUAUCGGAUCACCAUCAAGCACUCAAGAUAUGUUCUUUGAUUUCAGAUGCUGAGAUCUCAUGGAAUUUAUUGAUACAGGCCUGCCUCAAGGCAAACGACAAUGAAAUGAUUCACAAACUUCUCAGGAGGAUUCAAUCAUGCUCCGGUUAUAUUGAACCGAUCACUGUUUGUGAUAUUUUCAGAUCGUGUAAUAGCCCAGUGUAUUUGAAUAUGGGGAUGCAAGCUCAGGCUUACAUGACCAAAAGAGGUCUUCUCUCGCAUCCUAUGAGUGGGAAUGGUCUCAUUCAGAUGUAUUCCGAAUGUGGACAAAUUGCAGAGGCGAAUUCAGUGUUUGAAUUGAUGCCUGAGAAGAGUUCUUCGUGUUGGACGUCUAUCAUCUCUGCCAAAGUGGAGCAUGGACAUCCAUCUGAAGCUCUGGCUUUAUUUAAUGAUAUGAGGAGGAGGAAUAAAUUAGUGGACUCAAGCACGUUAAAAUCAAUCUUGAAGGCAUGUGGCCGAAUGGGUCGAGUAGAUCAGGUGCAUAGCCUAUUAAUGUCCAUGGAAGUGGUUUAUGGAGUUGAGCCAUCAGAAGAGCAUUAUUCUUGCAUUGUUGAAGCUUUUAUGCGAGCAGGAAUGCUAGAAGAAGUUGAGAACUUCAUCAACGAGGUUGUUCUAGGUAAAAAUGGCACAAAGAUUUGGAACACACUUCUUUCAUCUGCCCGUGUUAUGGGUAACAUGGACAUGGCAAGAUUUGCUUUGGAGAAGCUAUUAGAAGUAGAUCCAAAUAACUGCUUUGCGAAUCGAAUGCAUGACAAGGUCCUGGUAAUGUUCGGUAAGUGGAAAGAUGCAUCGAGGACUGCAGGUGGAAGUAGUACCCUAGGGCCGAAUUCUAGUUGCAUAGAAGUGCGGAACAAAAUAUAUGAAUUCGUCUCCAACCAAAAUCCGACCGAAGAAGUCUCCAAUAAAUUAGCUGAGCUAGGAAGAGAGAUGGAGGAGUUGGGAUACGUAGCGGAGAGAAACCAUUUGCUGCAUGAUGCAGAAGAGGAAGAAUACGAUGGUGCAGGCCUUGGUCAUACCGAGAUGAAGGCCAUCGCGUUUGGGCUCUUAUCGUUACCCCACGGAAUGUCAGUGAGGGUGACUAAGAGCAUCAGGAUGUGUGGUCGUUGUCAUUCUGUGUGCAAGUUCAUGUCGACUUUUGUAGAUCGAGAAUUGGUUGUCAAGGACAAUUGCACCUUUCACCACUUCAGAGACGGUAAAUGCAGUUGUCAAGAUUCAUGGUAGCAUCUG